UCACACUUUGUGGAGGCCAUGAAACCACACCUGAACUCUAAAUUAAGUUAAUCUUUCCAGCUGUUUAUAACGUCUGUGUACUGAAACACAGUGAAGAAACAGCUUAGUUGUGAAACUUGACUACAGUUCAACACACUGCACGCUCAGCUCAGCUCAGACACAAAGACAGAAGUAGAUUUUUUUUUUUCUUCCUGACUACUUUAGUCCACGGCGCUCUCAGAUCUUCUUUUUCACCUCCCCGAGGUACAGCAUUUCAAACCCCGGAGAUGUUAGAAGUGUUUCAAGUCUUAUCGUGGCUGUGUUUUUGCCAUCAUGCUGGUGUGCUCGCUGAUACAGAUGCAGUGAAGUCAGUGUCGGUGACCGAAGGAGAUUCGGUCGCUCUAAACAUUACUCUCACUCAGAUACAGAAGGCUGAUCAGAUUCUGUGGAGGUUUGGAGAGAACAGGUCAGUCAUAGCUAAAAUCAAUCGAGAGGCUGGCAUCUCAAACACACCUGACAUUCAUGACGGGAGAUUUCGAGACAGACUGAAGCUGGACAAUCAGACCGGAUCUCUGACCAUCACGAACACCACAGGCACAGACUCUGGAGUUUACGAAGUAUCCAUCAAAAACAGCAGUUCAGAGGCUCAACACAGAUUCUCAGUCACUGUUUAUGAAGUCCAGAACCCUCCUCCAGACUCGUCACUUCAGAUAGUGCUGACCUCUGCUGCCGUUGUUGGAUCUCUGUUAACUUUAGCUGCAGUCGGGAUCUUCUGCAUCUGCAAGAAACAUAGAAAAACUGAUCACGAAGUUCAGACUCAUACAGAAGAGAUCACUUACGUCGAUCAAUUGUUCCUCAAAAGAAACACACAGAAAGCGGAAGUCAAACAGAAGGAUGAAGUGGUGUACGCACGUGUCGUACGAAAGGUUGACCGAACUGCUGCUUAAAGAUGUCAUGAUUGCGAUCAGUUUACAUUAAUGCUAGAAAUAUACAUAUAUACAUACAUAUAUAUACAUAUACAACAAAGAGCGAACUACUUCAAAUAUCUACUUCAUCAUGAAUCAAAACAUGUCUCUCUAUUUAAAAAAACUUGGCUCUUUACUUCACUCUUUACAUGUUUCCAUAAAGUUAACUAUAGUAACAGAUUUUACUUUACUGUAAACCUUUCUUCGUCACACGUGAUCUUAGCAUGCUAGCGCCAUGCUCUACUAUUUGAGCUACAGGAAAAGCCGUUCAAUAAGAAACAUCUUUAAUACCAGCAUAGUAAUGAAGGCACAUCACACUGUGAUGCUGAAAAGUGCUGCUGAGAUCAAACUGCUUUUUUUUUACCUAUAUAACAUGAAUCUUCCGUACGAUACGUGCAGUCGAAUUUUGGUUUGGAUUUCUUGCAGCAGCAGAUCAGAAAAACAAGAGCUGCAGCACAACGCAAA